GAGACCAUCUUUUUUUCUACAUCUGAUGUGAUAGCAAUUAUGUUUCAUUCAGGAUGCAGCCACAGAACUGCCACCCACACAUCUGACAGGUCAGAUUUCCUGAGUCAGCAUCAAUGGGGAAUCAAACCAAAGUGAAUAAAUUUAUUCUCCUGGGACUUUCCAGUGACUCACAGAUGCAGAUUUUCCUAUUCCUGGUGUUUAUAGUUAUUUACCUAAUCAUGCUUGUAGCGAACGUGGUGAUCAUACAGAUAAGGGCUGAUCCUCACCUUCACACCCUUCCUGUCUCAUUUAUCCUUUGUUGACAUCUGCUAUUCCUCAGCCAUUGUCCCUAAGAUGUUGGUGAAUUUCCUAGCAGAGCACAAAACCAUUUCUGCUGAUGGCUGCUUUGUCCAGAUAUUCUUCAUUUUCCUGCCUGCUGGUGCUGACAUUUUUAUUCUCUCAGCAAUGGCGUAUGACUGCUACACUGCCAUUUGUGACCCAUUGUGUUACAUGGAGACCAUUAGCAAAGGGAUCUGUGUUCUGCUAGUGAGUGGGGCAUGGGCAAUAGGCUUCAUAAAUUCCUUGCUUAACAGAGGUUUAGCCCUCAGGUUGCACUUCUGUGGCCAGAGUCAAAUCAGCCAUUUCAGCUGUGAGCUCCCUCCCCUAUUGCAUCUGUCCUGCACUGAUGCCUUCACCAAUCAAGUGGUGCUUCUCACUUCUGUUGUUAUACUUGGAUCAAGCUCCUUUCCCUUCACCCUGAUCUCCUACAUUCACAUCAUCGCCACCAUCCUGAGGAUACACUCUGCAGAGGGCAUGUGUAAAGCCUUCUCCACCUGCAGCUCCCCCCUGAUUGUGGUUGGUUUAUGGUACCCAACAGGUUCUGUCCAGAACACAAAACCCAGCUCAGUCUCUUCCGUGGUUGUGGAUUAAAUGUUUUCUCUCCAGUACAACAUCUU